AUGGCAACGAUGCUGAACGGCGCCGCCAUCAUGGACGCCGCGUUGCUCCUCAUCGCCGCGAACGAGCCAUUCCCGCAGCCACAGACCCUUGAGCACCUGAAGGCGGUGGAGAUCAUGAAGCUGCGCAACCUGAUCAUCCUGCAAAACAAGAUCGAUCUCGUGGGUGAAGUCCACGCGCAGGACCAGUAUGACAAAAUCCGUGCCUACAUUGACAGCACCAUUGGUCUCAACAUGCCCAUCAUCCCCAUCUCCGCACAGCUGAAACGCAACAUUGACUACCUGCUGGAGUACCUCUGCCACAUGCCGCUGCCGAUGCGCCAGCUGAAGUGCCCCGCUCGCAUGACGGUUGUCCGCUCCUUCGACAUCAACAAGCCCGGCGAGGUGGACAUCGAGAAUCUCCGCGGCGGCGUGGCNCGCAUGACGGUUGUCCGCUCCUUCGACAUCAACAAGCCCGGCGAGGUGGACAUCGAGAAUCUCCGCGGCGGCGUGGCGGGCGGCACCGUGACGCAGGGCAUCAUCCGCGUGAACCAGGUGGUGGAGAUACGCCCCGGUCAGGUGCACACGCAGACCGGUGGUACGUUCAGCUGCACGCCGCUCCGCACCCGCGCGCUGACACUCAAGGCGGAGGACAACUCGCUGCAGUACGCCAUCCCCGGCGGGCUGAUCGCCGUUGGCACCACGCUCGACCCCACGCUGACGCGCCAGGACAAGAUGGUCGGUCACAUGAUUGGCGACGAGGGAUCGCUGCCGCAGGUUUACGCGGAGAUCGAGGUGCAGUACUUCCUUUUCUCGGAGAUGGUUGGGCGCAGCAAGCAGCGCGACCGCAAUGCGAAGCGGGUGCAGAAGCUGAACCUGCAGGAGACGCUCCAGAUCAACGUGGGCACACUAACGGCAGGUGCCACUGUAGUGAACAUCACGAAGAACCCCGACAUUGCGAAAUUGACACUAGUGACGCCCGUCUGCUGUACGAUGGGUGAGCAGGUCGCCAUCUCCCGCCUUGUAGAGAAGAACUUCCGUCUCAUCGGUUGGGGCACCAUUCGCCGAGGGGCGCCGGUGAAGCUGAAUUGA